AUGGUUUCUGGUGAUUAUGCCUUCAACCCCGAUCAACACGUUGCAUACGCGGAGCCAUACCAUCAGCCAGAUGACGGUAGAACCAGAACGCUGCUCGACAACCAAGCGUACUUUUCUGAUUUCGCAGGCCAACAGCACUACGAACAGAAUCAGAUGGGCGACUAUGGGGGUCCGAGGUACUCUGGCGAUGCAUUUUCUCCUACAGCAGCCAUGGCGCCUCCAAUGCUCACUGCCAACGACAUGCCGCCUCCAGAGAUAUUAGAAUAUCAGGCUCCACUCGAGCCCAGAGAGGUGCCAUUUGCCAUCCAUGAUCCUCACGACAACAACACGCCAAUGUCUUCCUUUGAUAACAUGGCUGCAGUGCUCCGCCAUCGUGCUCGCACUACUGCCAAGAGACCAGCGUACUGGGUCCUUGAUAGCAAGGGCAAGGAGAUGGCGUCCAUCACAUGGGAUAAACUCGCGUCAAGGGCCGAAAAGGUCGCACAAGUCAUUAGAGACAAGAGUCCCCUGUACCGUGGCGACCGGGUAGCUCUUAUCUAUCGUGAUAGCGAAAUCAUCGACUUCGCCACCGCCUUGUUAGGCUGUUUUAUUGCUGGCGUGGUAGCUGUUCCAAUCAACGACCUACAAGACUACCAGAGACUGAACUAUAUCCUCACUUCUACACAGGCUCAUCUAGCCCUUACGACAGAAAAUAACCUCAAAACUUUCCAGAGAGAUAUCACUACCCAGAAGCUCACCUGGCCCAAGGGAGUCGAAUGGUGGAAGACUAAUGAGUUUGGUGGUUAUCACCCCAAAAAGAAGGAGGACGCUCCGCCUUUAACCGUGCCAGACUUGGCCUACAUCGAAUUCUCUCGUGCUCCAACUGGUGACUUGAGAGGUGUUGUUCUCAGCCACCGGACCAUUAUGCACCAGAUGGCAUGUCUGAGCGCCAUCAUCUCUACCGUUCCCGGCAACGGUCCUGGAGACACAUUUAGUUCCUCUUUGCGAGACAAGAAUGGAAAGCUCAUUGGUGGCGGCGGAGCAAGUAGUGAGAUAUUGCUAUCUUAUCUGGAUCCUCGCCAGGGAGUUGGUUUGAUUCUCAGCGUUUUGCUGACUGUGUACGGCGGCCAUACCAGUGUUUGGUUCGACAACAAGGCUGUUGAAUCUCCCGGUUUAUACGCACAUUUGAUUACCAAAUAUAGAGCAACUGUUAUGAUUGCUGAUUAUCCUGGAUUAAAACGAGCCGCAUACAACUACCAGUCAGAUCCGAUGACAACACGGAAUUUCAAGAAGGGAAUGGAGCCGAAUUUCCAGGCGGUAAAACUCUGCUUAAUUGAUACUCUUACUAUUGAUAGCGAGUUCCAUGAAGUAUUGGCGGAUAGAUGGCUACGGCCCUUGAGGAACCCCCGGGCGCGAGAAGUGGUGGCUCCGAUGCUUUGUCUUCCGGAGCAUGGUGGCAUGAUUAUCAGUGUUCGAGACUGGCUUGGUGGUGAAGAACGGCUGGGAGUUCAAUUGAUGCUGGAUCAUGACUCAGGCGUAGAAUCCGAAGAUGAAAAAGAAGAGGAUGAGAAACCUAAAAACGGAUUCACUAGUCUGUUAGGAGGUGGAGGGACCACAAAAAAGGAGCUUGAUGAGAAGAUGGAGCUAGGAGAGGUCAUCCUUGACAGGGAAGCCUUGAAGACAAAUGAAGUCGUUGUCAUCGCCCAUGGCAAUGAAGCUCGAAAGAAGACCUCGAUGGAAUCUACAAUGGUGCGAGUGGGCGCCUUUGGAUACCCUAUUCCGGAUGCUACGCUUGCCGUUGUGGACCCCGAGACUGGUCUCCUGGCAUCUCCACGCUCGGUUGGCGAAAUUUGGGUAGAUUCACCGUCUCUCUCUGGCGGAUUCUGGGCGCAGCCCAAGAACACAGAGCUCAUCUUCCACGCACGCCCGUAUAAAUUUGAACCAGGAGAGCCGACACCAACAGCCGUGGAGCCAGAAUUCUUGCGGACUGGUCUUCUUGGCACUGUAAUCGAGGGCAAAAUUUACGUGCUGGGGCUUUAUGAGGAUCGAAUCCGACAAAAGGUCGAGUGGGUUGAGCAUGGCGGUGCAGGAAUCACCGAGUACAGAUAUUUCUUUGUUCAACACAUUGUGGUAAGCCUUGUCAAGAACGUUCCUAAAAUCCACGAUUGUUCUGCAUUUGACGUUUUUGUCAAUGACGAGCACUUGCCUGUCGUGGUUCUCGAGUCGGCCGCUGCGUCAACAGCGCCUCUUACAUCGGGAGGUCCUCCAGUACAGCCUGAUACGGCCUUGUUGGAUUCGCUGGCAGAAAAAUGCAUGGAAGUCCUUAUGCAGGAGCAUCAUCUUCGGGUUUACUGCGUUAUGAUCACAGCCCCGAACGCUCUGCCACGAGUGAUCAAGAACGGAAGACGAGAGAUUGGAAACAUGCUGUGUCGUCGCGAGUUUGAUCUUGGAAACCUUCCGUGUGUGCAUGUCAAGUUUGGCGUCGAGCAUGCGGUUCUCAAUCUCCCUAUCGGAGUUGACCCCAUUGGCGGUAUCUGGUCUCCAAUUGCAUCAGAGUCGCGGACUCAGAUUCUCGCGCCUGCUGAUAAGCAGUAUUCUGGAAUCGAUCGUAGAGAAGUCGUCAUUGACGACAGGACAUCUACGCCUCUCAACAACUUCUCAUGCAUAUCUGAUCUUAUUCAAUGGCGAGUCGCUCGUCAGCCAGAAGAGCUAUCUUACUGUACCAUUGAUGGCAGAGGUAGAGAAGGCAAGGGAAUUACAUGGAAAAAAUUCGAUACCAAGGUGGCUGCUGUGGCCAUGUAUCUCAAGAAUAAAGUCAAAGUACGACCAGGAGAUCACUUGGUCCUCAUGUAUACACACUCGGAAGAUUUUGUGUUUGCAGUACAUGCGGGUAUCAAUCUCGGUGCAGUCAUUAUCCCAAUGGCGCCGCUCGACCAGAAUCGACUCAACGAGGAUGUUCCAGCCUUUCUACACUUGAUUGCCGAUUACAAAGUCAAGGCAGUUUUGGUCAACCAGGAUGUAGACCAUCUGCUAAAGAUUAAGGUAGUCUCAAGUCACAUCAAGCAGUCGGCGCAAAUUUUGAAAAUUUCCAUGCCAAACACGUACAACACCUCGAAACCUCCCAAACAGAACAACGGUCUUCGAGAGCUUAAACUGACAAUAGACCCUGCCUGGAUUCGGCCGGGCUACCCCGUCCUCAUCUGGACAUACUGGACGCCAGACCAGCGGAGAAUUGCUGUCCAGCUUGGACAUGAUACAAUCCUGGGCAUGUGCAAAGUACAAAAGGAGACAUGCCAAAUGACAAGCUCGAGGCCUGUCCUUGGCUGCGUCCGAAGCACGACGGGGCUUGGUUUUGUCCAUACUUGCUUGAUGGGCAUCUACGUGGGCACCCCUACCUACCUGUUGUCUCCUGUCGAGUUUGCCCAAAACCCCAUAUCUCUCUUUGUUACUCUCUCGAGAUAUAAGAUUAAAGACACAUAUGCAACUCCGCAGAUGCUUGACCACGCCAUGUCAAUGAUGGCAGGCAAAGGCUUUACAAUGCACGAGCUUAAGAACAUGAUGAUCUCCGCGGAGGGUCGGCCACGAGUGGAUGUUUUCCAAAAAGUGCGGCUCCAUUUUGCGCAAGCCGGACUAGACCGAACGGCUAUCAAUACCGUCUACUCCCAUGUACUCAAUCCGAUGGUUGCGUCGAGAUCUUACAUGUGCAUUGAGCCUAUUGAACUCUGGCUUGACACCAAGGCUCUUCGGCGUGGUCUUAUUGUUCCUGUGGACCACGAGUCGGAUCCCCAAGCUCUCCUCUUGCAAGAUUCUGGCAUGGUACCGGUAUCUACGCAAAUCGCCAUUGUCAAUCCUGAAAGCCGCACUCACUGUUUCGAUGGAGAGUAUGGUGAGAUUUGGGUUGACUCUGAAGCAUGUGUCAAAUCAUUCUAUGGCUCCAAGGACGCGUUUGACGUGGAGCGGUUCAAUGGCCGGACUGUAGACGGUGACCCGAACGUGCGAUAUGUGCGAACUGGCGAUCUUGGAUUCCUUCACAAUGUCAAUCGACCUAUUGGACCUAACGGUGCUCUUGUAGAAAUGCAGGUCCUGUUUGUGCUCGGCAGCAUUGGUGAAACUUUUGAGAUCAACGGUCUUAGCCAUUUCCCUAUGGAUAUUGAGUUGUCGGUAGAGCGCUGCCAUCGCAACAUUGUACCGAACGGCUGUGCUGUAUUCCAAGCCGGUGGUUUGGUUGUGGUUUUGGUAGAAGUGAGCCGCAAAUCUUAUCUCGCUUCCAUGGUGCCCGUCAUCGUCAACGCGAUUUUGAGCGAACAUCAGAUCGUUGCAGAUAUUGUGGCCUUUGUGAAUAAGGGUGAUUUCCCCAGAUCUCGACUGGGAGAGAAGCAACGAGGAAAGAUCCUUGCGGGAUGGGUAACGCGCAAGAUGCGCACCAUGGCCCAGUUUGCUAUCAGAGAUCUCGAUGCCAGUGUACUUGAGGGUGAGGGAGCUGAUGCCAACAGGGCAUCUACGGGAAGUCUUCGUAGCCUAGGCGCCACCCUCCCACCCGGCGUCAGAAAUGUCGGUCAGGCACCACAGAUUCUUGAGCAAGAGGAGUUUGCACAGCAAAUGGAUCACAUGGCCCAUACGGAGCCGGUUGGAUAUGCUAUUUCAUCUCAGGAUGACCAGCCGACCCCAACAGCGUAUCGUCCGAGUGGCGAUUUCGGCCAAGAAAAUGCGUCCAUGCAUGACUACAACCAGCAGCACCCACCAGCGUCGAAUAACCAAGGAGGGCAUGCUUACGAUCACUUUGAGCCACCACAGCCACAGCAACGCUAUGAGCAGGAGCAACACUACGAACAGCAGCAGCACUACGAAAGGGAGCAGCGCUAUGAUCAAGAGCAGCACUAUGAUCAAGCGCAGCAGCACUAUAACCAAGGGCAAUACUUUGAGCCAGCGCAACACCAUGAGCAACAAGUAGAGUCAAGGCAAAUAGAUCAUGACAUACAACCAGUGGCAGCCGAGCCUUCGUCUCCCGCCCAAGAUGCACAGACAGCCAGGCUGCGGUUGAGUCAAGGGCCACCGCAAAUCCGGCUACCGGGCGUUGAUGGACGUGAAGGCCUCGACUUCUGGGGCAACGAUGAAGCGGAAACGGAUUGGACGGCGGAUGCCAUGAUGCAUAUGAAUCUGACUGGAAACUUAAACAACCCGCGGUAA